AUGGGUUUAACAAAGCAAUACCUAAGAUACGUCCCGGCCGGCAACUUUAAUAUAAUCGCGAGCCAAAACUGCAAUCUCAAAUUUGUCACACUUGAAGGACAAGAAGGAAGAUUUGUGGCGGUCGGUGCAUGCGAACAUGUGAUAAUUUGGGACUUGCGACUCGGGGAGAAAGCUCAGGUGCUCCCAGGAGAAAAGGCCACAGUGACAGCCAUCUGUGCCAGCCCCAAUAAAAGACACCUAGCGGUCGGUUACUCCGAUGGCAACGUCCAAGUCUACGAUUUGAAGUCGGCCGAAGUGAUUAGCAUUUUCUCAGGCCAUCGGUCAGAAGUCACAACUUUGGCUUUCGAUAGUUACGGACACAAAUUGGCCUCAGGAUCUAAAGACACGGACGUUAUCGUGUGGGAUACGGUGGCCGAAACUGGGCUUUGUAGACUCUCAGGUCACAAGGGCCCAAUUACCCAAAUCGCAUUCAUGUCCCAACACAAUAUCUUGAUCAGUGGCUCCAAAGACAGCUUCGUCAAAUUCUGGGAUUUGGACACCCAACACUGUUUCAAGACACUCACAGGCCACAGGACUGAAGUCUGGGGCUUGAGUUUGGUUAAAGACGACCAGUAUUUGGUAACAGGUUGUGGGGACGCAGAAUUGAGGGUUUGGAAGUUAUCACAAAAAGACCCCGAUUCUGAAAACAAGAGCUCAAUUGACCAUUUGACAUCAACGUUGGAACUCAUUGAUUUACAUGAAUCAGACGACUUAAAUCACCCUUUACAAUGUCACAAAAUAGGGUCCUUGUUGAGAGCGGGCAAAGGCCGAGUGGUCUCAAUGUUCUGUGACGGCAGCGGUCAAGUGAUUGGCUGCCACGGCACUGAUACACAACUGGAAUUAUUUUAUUUUUGCACAGACGAUGAGGCACAAGUGCGUUUAAAAAAACGACUCAAGAAGGAGAGAAAGAAGAACAAAGAAUUGGAAUCUAACGACCAAGACCAAGAGACGCAAAGCCAGGACUUGCAGCUGACUUUAAGGGAUCAAGUGAAACGAUUGGUUCCAAUCAAAUUACCAAAUAAACCCAAGUCGUUGGAUUUGGUGCUUGGAAAUGGGGGCGAAUUGCGAGUCUCUGUUAAUUUAUCCAACAACACCGUUGAAUUGUACACAAUUCAGACGGCUGUGAAAAACUGUGAAGCCACGUGUUUGAGAUCUAUCCUCAAUCAGGGACAUCACAGUGAAGUUAGAUCUGUUUGUUUCAGUAAUGAUAAUUUAGCGAUUGCGUCCGGAAGUGCUGAGGCCAUCAAGAUGUGGAAUCGGCCUUCGCAAGCCUGUCUCAGGACGGUGGAAACAGGGUACAUUUUAUCUUGCAUCUUUGUCCCCGGCGAUCGUCACGUCUUGGCAGGUCUGAAGAAUGGCACUUUGCUCAUCAUCGACAUUGCGGCGGGGGAUAUUUUGGAGGAGAUUCCCGCACACAGCGACGAACUCUGGGCCAUUUGUUUACAACCAGACCAAAGGGGUUGUGUGACUGGAGGGGGCGACAAGACCGUCAAAUUCUGGCAAUUCGAGUUAGUGGUCGACGAGAAAAGCGAAAGCAAAGCCAAAGUGCUUUCACUCCUCCACGUCAAGACGCUGAAGCUCGAGGACUCAGUUCUAUGCGUCAAAAUCUCGCCCAAUGGCAAAUUCAUCGCAGUGGGGCUUUUGGACACGACAGUCAAGAUAUUUUUCGUCGAUACUUUAAAGUUUUAUCUCUCGUUAUACGGCCACAAACUGCCAGUCCUUUGCUUGGACAUUUCGUCCGAUUCUGCACUGAUUGCCACAGGGUCAGCUGACCGCAAUGUAAAAAUCUGGGGAAUGGACUUCGGUGACUGCCACAAGAGUAUUUUUGCCCACGACGAUUCGGUCACUGGGCUACAGUUCGUUCCGCGGACCCAUUACUUCUUCACCUGCGGGAAAGACGGGAAGGUCAAGCAGUGGGAUGGCGACUCUUAUGAUAAAAUAAUAACGCUUCAAGGACAUGCGGGUGAAGCGUGGGCUUUGGCCGUGAGUCCAAACGGCCAGUUUGUGGUUUCGUGUGGUGCAGACCGCGUUUUGCGACUGUACGAAAAGUCGGAACAGCCUUUGGUGCUCCAAGACGAACAGGAGGAAGAAAGAGAGCAACAGGAAGUGCUCGCAACGGGGGAACAAACGGUUAUUCCGGGUCAGAGUGGCUUGAACUUACCUUCGAAGAAAACUGUGGGGAGCGAAAAGGCCGCUGAGAGCAUUCUGGAGUGUUUGGAAAUUUGCGAAAAAUACAAGGAGCAGUUAGCGGAGCACGAGGCCCUCCAGGCGGCCUCGAGCCGGACGCUGGCGCCGCCGCAGCCCCCUUUGCUCAUGCAAGCCCUGGGUGUGUCAACCCCUGACGACUUCCUCUUGGAGACAAUCAGGAGGAUCCGCCCCAGUGACUUGGAGGAGGCGCUUCUGCUGCUGCCGUUUAGUUCAGUUUGCGAGGUGUUGCAAAUUCUGCCGGCCUUGAUCGCCAGAGGCGACCAGGUCGAAUUGGUCGGGAAAAUUUGCAUAUUCUUAUUGAAGUUACACCACGCACCCAUUGUGGCCAACCACACGCUGCUCGUAACGCUUAAACAAUUGCAAAAAUUGGCGUUCGCCAAAGUGCAGGAGCUGAGGGACCUUGUUGGCUACAAUUUGUACGGUAUGCAGUUCAUUCAGAGGGAGAUUGAGGCGGCUGAAGGGGUUCAGUUGUUCCGCGACGCCACUUUGGAGAAGAGGAAGGGCGACAAGAAGCGCAAACAACGCGAGAAGUUGAAACGGUCAAUGAUUGUCUUGAAUAGCUAGUGAAUUGGAUUGAAAGGGUUGUUAGCAUAAUAUUUUCUUAUUAUUGUUUUUAAGUUCAUUACAUAUUAUGUGAAAAUAAACAAAUCAGUAUUCUAA